CGUUGAUCCGGAUGAUGCUGCGUUGCUGUCCUGCCUUGCUGCCGUUAGCUGUCUUCUACUGAAAGCGGGACGAAAACUUCACACAGAAAGCAAAUUAACAACAUCAUUUACAGCUGUCAAGUGCAGUUUUAAGCAAGAUGAGUGCGGAUGGAGCUGGUAAGCCGGCAAAGGUGGGCUCCCUGGUGGAGGUGAUCGGUAAAGGUCAGCGGGGGACGGUGGCGUAUGUGGGGGCCACACUGUUUGCCUCGGGAAAAUGGGUGGGAGUCAUCCUGGACGAGCCGAAGGGCAAAAAUGACGGCACAGUGCAGGGCAAGACAUACUUCACCUGCAAGGAGAAUCAUGGGAUAUUUGUGCGGCAGUCUCAGAUUCAGCUGAUUGAAGAAGGAGGCAGUGCCGCUACGUCCCCAGACACACCUGACUCAGGUGCUUCCAGACUGCCUCGGAAAGAAAUUGCAGAAACACCAGGAAAAGGAGUAAAGCAGACUGGUCGUCCCUCGGCCGUUGGCUCUAUACCUGAUCUGACGGAGAAUGAGCCUUCCACGCAUUCCCAGACUGCACUGGGAGCUCCCGUGAUGCCUCAACCUGGUGGAACCCCCGGAGGCUCCACCCUCACCACCUCCAGCAAGGCUGAGCCUGGCUUGUCCAGACAGGAGGAGGAGGCUCUGAGGGCACAGGUGAAAGAUUUGGAAGAGAAGCUGGAGACUCUGAAGAUGAAGCGAGCGGAAGACAAGGCCAAGCUAAAGGAGCUGGAAAAACACAAGAUCCAGCUGGAGCAACUGCAGGAAUGGAAGAGCAAGAUGCAGGAGCAGCAGAACGAGCUGCAGAAACAGCUUAAAGAGGCUAAGAAGGAAGCGCGUGAGGCUCUGGAGGCAAAGGACCGUUAUAUGGAGGAGAUGGCAGACACAUCGGACGCCAUUGAAAUGGCCACGCUGGAUAAGGAGAUGGCUGAGGAGAGGGCGGAGUCUCUGCAGCAGGAGGUGGAGAGUUUAAAGGAGAAAGUGGAGGAGUUAACCAUGGACCUUGAGAUACUCAAACACGAGAUAGAGGAAAAAGGCUCAGACGGUGCAGCCUCCAGUUAUCAUGUUAAGCAGUUGGAGGAACAGAAUGGCCGGCUGAAAGAGGCACUGGUCAGGAUGCGGGACUUGUCUGCAUCAGAGAAGCAGGAGCAUGUGAAACUGCAGAAACAGAUGGAGAAGAAAAACUCUGAGCUGGAGACUCUGAGAGGGCAGAAAGAAAAACUGCAGGAGGAGAUGAAACAGGCUGAAGCCACCAUAGAUGAACUCAAAGAGCAGGUGGAUGCCGCACUCGGAGCAGAAGAGAUGGUGGAAACACUGACUGGGAGGAAUCUGGAUCUGGAAGAGAAAGUGAGAGAACUGAGAGAGACGGUCAGCGACUUGGAAGCCAUAAAUGAGAUGAAUGAUGAGCUGCAGGAGAACGCGAGGGAGACGGAGCUGGAGCUGAGGGAGCAGCUGGACCUGGCUGGAGCUCGCGUCCGAGAGGCUAACAAACGAGUAGAGGCAGCGCAGGAGACAGUGGCAGAUUACCAACAGACCAUCAACAAAUACAGAGAACUCACCGCACACCUACAGGAAGUGAACCGUGAGCUGACCAAUCAGCAGAGCGCUACAGCCGAGCAGCUGCAGCAGCCUCCCGCUGAGCUCUUUGACUUCAAGAUCAAAUUUGCUGAGACCAAAGCUUACGCCAAGGCCAUAGAGAUGGAGCUGCGUAAGAUGGAGGUGGCUCAGGCAAACAGGCAGGUUUCUCUGCUCACCUCCUUCAUGCCGGACUCGUUCUUGCGGCACGGAGGAGAUCAUGACUGCAUCCUGGUUCUGCUGCUCAUCCCCAGACUCAUCUGCAAGGCUGAGUUGAUCAGUAAGCAGGCCCAGGAGAAGUUUGAUCUGAAUGGAAACGCUGUGGAGCGCACUGGCCUGCGGGGGCCAGCUGGGGAGCAGCUGAGCUUCGCCUCUGGACUGGUCUACUCUCUCACCCUGCUGCAGGCCACACUGCACAAAUAUGAACAGGCUCUGAAUCAGUGCAGCGUGGAAGUGUAUAAGCGGAUGGGGACUCUGUACUCUGAGAUGAGUGUGCAUGAGCGUUGUCUGGACUUCUUCAUCGACCUCCUGCACAAAGACCAGCUCGACGAAACUGUCCAAGUGGAGCCGCUCACCAAAGCCAUCAAAUACUAUCAGCAACUGUACAGCAUCCACUUGACUGAGCAGGCUGAAGACUGCACCGUGCAGCUGGCCGACCAUAUCAAGUUCACCCAGAGUGCUCUGGACUGCAUGGGGGCAGAGGUGGGCCGUCUGCGUGCCUUCUUGCAGGCAGGACAGGAAGGGGCAGGGCUUACUCUGCUGCUGAAGGAUCUGGACACUUCCUGUGGAGACAUACGUCAAUUCUGUAAGAAAAUCCGCCGGAGGAUGCCCGGCACUGAUGCACCAGGAAUACCUACAGCCCUCUCUUACCCUCUUGAGGUAAGUGAGGUGCUGGCAGACUGCAGGAAGCAGAUGGCCCGUGUGGUUGCUGUUCUGCAGGAGAUGGCAGCAGCUGGAGCUCAGAUGAUCGCUCCACUUGCUGAACAGGAGGGGCUGUCUGCUCUCAAACUGGAAGAUGUAGCCUUUAAAGCAGUGGAACAGGUUUACAGUUCUCAUGGUCUGAACCCUCACGAGUGUCUGCGUCAGUCAUGCAGCGCCGUCAUAGCGACCAUGAACAAGAUGGCCACUGCCAUGCAGGAGGGAGAGUAUGAUGCAGAGAAACCUCAGCGUGUGCAUCCUCCUGUAGAAGCUCGUGCAGCUGCUCUGAGAGCUGAAAUCACUGAUGCUGAGGGUCUGGGUCUGAAGCUGGAGGACAGAGAGACGGUCAUUAAGGAGCUUAAAAAGUCUCUCAAAAUCAAGGGAGAGGAGCUGAGUGAGGCCAACGUGCGUCUGAGUUUGCUGGAGAAGAAAUUGGACACGUCUACUAAAGACGCAGAUGAACGGGUGGAGAAGAUCCAGACCAAACUGGAUGAGGCGCUGACUCUGCUGAAGAAGAAAGAGAAGGAGUUUGAGGAGACAAUGGAUGCUCUGCAGGCUGAUAUUGAUCAGCUGGAGGCAGAAAAGGCAGAGCUUAAGCAGAGACUCAGCAACCAAUCACGGAUGACCAUCGAGGGGCUCCGUGGACCACCAGCAUCUGGCAUCGCCUCUAUUGUCACAGGAACAGCCGCAGGUGGUAUCGUGUCUGGUGUGGGGGGUGUGUCUGGUGCUGUGCAGGUGGUGGAUUCUCCUCUCUUGAGGCAGCAGAUCGACGUUCAGAGACUCGCCAUCAAACACUUGAAGAAUGAAAACUACAGACUCAAGGCUGAGAAGAUGAAAGCCCAGCUGGCCUCUCUGCCCCCCCUCAGUGUCCCCAACAUGGCAGGGGUGAUGAAGGAAGGAGCUCUGACUGAAGGAACCUCAGGAACUCUGUACCGCAAAACUGACCUGCUGCUCAACAACCUGCUGAAGAUGAGCGCUGGAGUCAGAGUGGUGGACAUCUCCGGAAAAACCCCUGUAAGUGCGAGUGCUCAGCUUUUGGAGCAAACAGCCAGACUGCAGUCUCUCAGUGACGCUCUGGACAAACUGAAGAAUGAUGUAUCGGAGCACAUAGUAAAGGAGCAGACAGGAGCUCGAGUCCGUUCAGAUUUUGCCACGUUCCCCUCUUCACCCUUUGUCAAGGCCGAGGAGGAGAAGAAGAGGUGUGGAACGGUUUUGGUGGGUAAAGUGAUGAUCCCGUGUGCUCGCGGUAAAGAACAAGCGCACUCCCUCGUCCUCUCACAGCAUCAGCUUCAGCGUGUGAACCGCCUCCUCAUGACCUAAACGCCUGCUCGUUGUUCGCCCUGGAUAAGGAACAGGCUGCUCCACCAAACAGAAUCACCCAUCCACAGUUAAACUUCCUAUUCUCUGUCACUCAGGAACAGGCUAAUCCACUUCUUCCAUGCCAAAGACCAUCACUUCCAGAGAGCAGCUGCGUAUAUUUGUACAAUCAGCACUCAUAUCAUCAGAUAUUCAGAGUACAAGCAAAAGCAGUCGGCGUAUAUACCUCAAAAUAUGACGAUUUUAUGGAAAUUGUGGCAAAAAAUCACUAAUAUUUAUUACUUCGUACCUGUUUCUGGUGACUGGAUGUCGGUUCCAUA